AUGUUUGAUGAUUUAUCGUUACAAAAGGACGACCGCGAGUCGUUGAAUGCGUCUGCGCCAGUUCUGGAGGCAGAAGGCGUCCAGAGAUAUCUCCAGAUGGCCAAUUUCAAGCUGCAUCGGUGUUUCGACCGCCAUAACGAGUCGUUCAAAGAUUUAUGGAAGCUCGAUGAAAUCCCGGACAAAAACAAUUUCUUCUACCACCACUUCCCGAAAGUGGCCACCAACCACGACAACGAGCACCAUGUGUCUAACUUUGGCAUUUUUUUGAGCCACUUCUAUUUAGGAAGGUGGCUUCCUGACACCAUACAAAAAUUGUUAUUUCCUAUCGAGCCUGUGGAGCAGAAGCUGAGCGCCAAGAAUAUGCCCACUAUUGCCGAGUGCCGUCUUUGUGAGCGCCUGCAAGGACUAUCUGUGUGGACGAGGACGGGCGAAUGGUUCUGUGUGGACCGCAAGACCCAGCUCCACUCGUCUGACGAGCUGGGCGAGCGGUUUUUCACCACGUACGGCGAGUAUUGUCGGUGGCGCAAAACGUACAGCCAGCGGCUGCGGGAGCUGGAGCAGCAGGCGUACGAAGCUUGUGCGCUUGGAAAAGCUGUGUUUUAG